ACCACUUGUGCUCUAGAGGGUCGCAGGGUGUUUCCCCUGCUGUCUAAAGAAGGAGACGUAAUGAUUGGAGGAGCCUUUUCUAUCCACAGCAAAAUUACACAACCAUCGCUUUUGUUUACAGAGAAACCGACACGUCUUGGCUGUUCCAGUGUCAACCUCAGGGAGUUUCGAUUUGCCCAGACCAUGAUAUUUGCUAUUGAGGAGAUAAACAAAAGCAAAUUCCUCCUUCCCAACGUUUCUAUCGGAUAUCGUAUUUAUGACAACUGUGCCUCAACGUUGUCCUCAAUGCGUGCAGCAAUGGCUCUGAUGAAUGGUGAUGAGUGGACUUUGGAAAAGACUUGCUCUGGUCAAUCAGCUGUGCAUGCUAUUAUCGGGGAGUCUGAAUCCUCCUCAACCAUUGUUUUUACACGGACAACUGGACCGUUUAAAAUGCCAGUGAUAAGUCAUUCAGCUACAUGUGAGUGUUUGAGCAGCAGGAAGGAGUAUCCCUCUUUCUUUCGAACCAUUGCCAGCGAUGUCUACCAGGGACGAGCCCUCGUCCAACUUGUCAAAAACUUUGGCUGGACCUGGGUCGGGGCAGUGAACAGUGACAGUGACUACGGGAACAAUGGCAUGGCUAUCUUCCUAGCUGCAGCCCAAGAGGAAGGAGUGUGUGUGGAGUACACAGAGAAAUUUCACCGGGCAGAACCAGACAAAGUUCUCAAAGUUGUGGAAGUGAUACGUAAGAGCACCGCCAGGGUCAUUGUUGGCUUCAUGGCCCAUGUAGAGAUGAACAGCCUUCUAGAGGAAUUAAGUCUGCAAAACAUAACAGGCAAACAGUUCAUUGGUGUGGAGGCCUGGAUCACCGCUGACAGCCUUGUGACUCCUACCAGCUUUAGCAUUCUGGGAGGUUCGUUGGGUUUUGCUGUGCAAAAGGCCAAUAUCACUGGUCUGGAGGAGUUUUUAAUGAAAGGUUUCUGGGAGACAGAAUUUCAGUGCAAUGACACGAAUGAAGACAGUACGACAAAAACAGCAAACUGCAAAGACAACCAGGAUCUAAUGAAGCUAAGAGGUUAUGAUGAUGAUGUGGCAGAGCUGCGAUACUCCAAUAACAUAUACAAAGCAAUUUAUGCUGUAGCCUAUUCUCUGCACAACAUCCUAAACUGCUCCAAAAGUCAAGGCUGUGACAAGGUAGUGAAUAUCACGCCCUUGCAGGUAGUGGAUUCUCUAAAGCAGGUCAACUUUACCACUAAGUAUGGAGAUCAAGUGUGGUUUGACAGCACUGGAGCAACGUUGGCCUGGUAUGAGGUGGUGAACUGGCAACGUGGAUCAGAUGGUUCAGUUUACUUUAAACCAGUUGGCUACUAUGAUGCCUCCCUGCCUCCUGGAGAGAGACUGGUUCUUAAUACUGAAGAUAUACUGUGGUCUGGAGACAGCAAAGAGUUGCCCGUGUCAGUGUGCAGUGAGAGCUGUCGUCCAGGAACUCAUAAAGUCCUUCAAAAAGGAAAACAUGUGUGCUGCUAUGACUGUAUACCAUGUGCAGAAGGAGAGAUCAGCAACACAACAGAUUCUAUUGACUGCAAAAAGUGUCCUGAAGAUUUUUGGUCCAAUCAAAACAGAGAUGCAUGUGUACUGAAAUAUGUUGAGUUCCUCUCCUUCACAGAGGUUAUGGGUAAAAUACUUGUGUUUUUUACUUUGUUGGGUGUGGUCCUGACAUUAACUGUAACUACUCUAUUCUUAAUCAAUAAGGACACUCCAUUAGUGAGGGCCAACAACUCAGAGCUGAGCUUCCUGCUGCUCUUCUCCUUGACUUUGUGUUUCCUGUGCUCUCUGACUUUCAUCGGCCAGCCCUCUGACUGGUCCUGCAUGCUGCGACAUAUAGCUUUUGGGAUCACCUUUGUCCUCUGUAUCUCGUGUAUACUUGGGAAAACAAUAGUGGUGUUAAUGGCCUUCAGGGCUACACUUCCAGGUAGUAAUAUGAUGAAAUGGUUUGGGCCUGCGCAGCAGAGACUCAGUGUUAUGACUUUCACCCUCAUACAGGUCAUAAUUUGCCUACUAUGGCUGACAAUCAACCCUCCUUUUGCCUUCAAAAAUAUGAAUCACUACAAGGACAAGAUUAGUCUCGAGUGUGCUCUGGGCUCAGCUGUAGGUUUCUGGGCUGUGCUAGGAUACAUUGGACUUCUGGCUCUGUUAUGUUUUGUACUUGCUUUUUUGGCUAGAAAGUUACCGGAUAAUUUCAAUGAAGCUAAAUUCAUCACCUUCAGCAUGUUAAUAUUCUGUGCAGUGUGGAUCACCUUUAUCCCAGCGUAUGUCAGCUCUCCUGGGAAGUUCACUGUAGCUGUGGAGAUAUUUGCCAUUCUGGCCUCUAGUUACGGACUUCUUUUUUGUAUAUUUGCACCUAAAUGCUAUAUUAUUGUACUUAAACCUAACCUGAACACAAGGAAACACGUGAUGGGGAAAUAA